CUACGCUCGAAGUGAUACCACGCCGGUUUAGCUCGCGAAGUUGUGAAAUUAUUGUGACAUAACUCAUUCAAGGUUCAACAAGUGGUAGUGAACCCAGCGCUUGGAUUGCACCAUUUUUAGUGAAAUUGUAGUGCUCCCUGUGAAAAUUCCCACAUACUCCAGGAAAGUGCCAGAAAUUAGUGAAAUUUACGAACUGAAAAGCAUCAAGUUAUCCAAUAUGUACAAGGAUUCAGUGGUUCCAGUGAAGAUGGAGAGCUUCAGCGGAGUGGCCGCGAAAAGCCCGAUGGGCCAAUGCAUCAAGACGGUGCUGCGGCGGGCGUGUGUUGAGAAGCGGCUGACCGUCGGCCUGCUGCCCGCCAUCCAGUACCUGUCCAGCAACAGCACGGGGGCGCUUUUCUGCUUCACCACCGAAGCACCCCCUGGAGACAGCGCUACACAUAUGCAGGAGGUGCUGCUACAAGCCUUCUGCGAUGAGAACGACAUCUAUGUCAUUAAGGUUGACUCAGAGGCCAAAAUGCGGAUGAUCCUCGGCUUCCCCGCAUUGGACUAUAGCUGCGUGUUGGUCCACUCUCCAUACACAGACCCCUUCAGCGACAGUCAAGAGAUCGACCCUUCAAUCCUCACGGACAGUGAGAAACACCUGAUCGACCACUGCGAGAGGAACUGGGGAUGCUCGCAGGUCCCAGUCAUCAAGCUACCCGAGAAGUGAACCCGAUAAAAAAAGAAAUUAAGAAAAAAAAAGAAAAAAUGUGAGAGAUACCUCUAUUGGUUUAUUUGCAACUUGGUUGCCCUGCCGGUCGGCCAUAUUUCAUAAGGCUUUGGCGUUUAACGCCAUCUAGUGUUCGGUAGCUGCACUAAGUCUUGUCCGCAUGGGCUUGAGAUGUUGUUGAUGAAAAGAUUUUGUGGAAUUGUGAAAUGUUUCUAAAAUCGGUUAAAUUGAUAUUUCUUGUAUUGUAAAUUGAUCGCCAUUUCGGCUUGUUUGUUUGUAAUAUCGAAGAGAAUUUGAAAUUAUCUUUGGUAAUAUUAACACGUUAUUGACUUCCUAAAAGAAAUGUUGUAUUAAAAUAUUAUAGCAAUAACAUAAAAGGAUAGUGAUAAUUAACUGCUAAGACGUUUUCUACUUUUGUAAUUAUAUGAACAGUAUUAUAAUUAUUAAAAAGAGUUUAAUAAAGAACAGUUACAUAA